AUGGUUUUCCUCGGGUCGGUUUACUACGUCACGUACGUAAUCAUCGCCGUCACAAUCGUGGCCAUGGGCUACACACUCGUCUCCCGCGGCCGCAUUGAAAGCCUCAACCUCUUUGAAUUGAAUCGGAUCGUGGGUCAUGUCUGGGUCGGCCGCCCGCUCCUGAUCCUCCGCAGUGUGACCGCUCUCUGGCUCCUCAACACGAAGCCGUUGGUUUUGAGCAAAGUCGGACUCGGCACACACCUCACAGCGCCACCCGUGGCCUGGUACAAAUCGAUUCUCGCUGCGUCCGAGCUCACGUGGGUCGUCUACAUCCUCAACGACAUCUUUAGUUGUUUCACGCAGCAGCACACGGCAACGUACGCGGCUGCUAGCUCAGUGUGCGUCUGCUUCAUCACAACCGUGUGGACACUGGUGUCGCCCCACAGCUGCACCGUCACCCUCGAUCGGACGUGCGCAUACGUCAAUAUGGACGGCGGGAUGGAUUGUACCAGCGGUGUCAUCGCCGUGGGCAGUGUGACUCGCAUCUGGGCCGACUUAGCCAUCGUGCUGGGUUGCGUCGUCUUGUGCGCCACUAUCGACAUGAAAUGCCGACCGGGCGUCCCGCCCUUGUUGAUCCCGACACUUCUGCUGAACGCGUCGAGCUACUACAUGCUGGACUUUACCCACUGGCGCAAAGGCAGCGACUUCUUCUUGGACCAGACGUCUGGCGUCCUCUCGGGCUUGCUCACGCUGCACUGGAAGGGCACGCUUUAUAUCUUCGACGUCAAGAAUUGGCGGUUCGUGUCGCUCGUGGUUGAUGCGAGUGACGAAUCUAUGGCAUCGUCGAUCCCGCUCAGCCGCAUUGGAUGA